AUGUCUAAUAUCUCCAAUUUAUCCCGCGUCGUCCACUCAUCGGGGGUCCAACGGCUGACAAAUGGGUUUUGCUUGAAAACACCCUUGUUUGCUUACAACGGGGCGAAAUUUCUGCACUCGGGCUACCCGUCCAACAAAACUACCAGCAACAGAAGUUUCCCAAGGCAUCGCUUCGAGUGCGCCACACAUUACACCUCUUCAGCUAAGGACACAGUUAGGAUAGGAUGCGCGUCGGGGUUUUGGGGAGAUACCUCGGCGUCAGGUAAGACCAGGCUAGAUGGUUGUAAUUGGCUAGUCACAUGACCUGUUCUCUAGUCUAGCCAACAAGGACAAGGUUCAUUCGUCUUGACCUCAGUGACUCUAGGUGAACGUCACAAAUUGCACCCUAUUCGUAUGUAGUGCACUAGUUUUGACCAAGACCCAUAGCGUUAUGGUCAAAACUAGUGCCCUAGUUAUGUAGGGAAUAGGGUGUCAUUUGGGACAAAUACCUAGUACAGAAUAAGCUCUUAUAUUCAUGUGUUAUGUCCGUUUAUAACAACGUUAACUAUCUAUCUACAAACAUUAUAUAUCAAUGGAUAUGAUUAUGGAUAGCUUGGAUCAAUGGAUUCACUUUUAGCAGACAAAGUAUUGUCUGGAUACUCUUGACCAGGUUAUAAACUCUUCUCCCUCUCGCUCUCUCUCAGUCCCCCAGCUGAUCUACAGUGGGAAGAUAGACUAUCUGGUGUUUGACUACCUCAGUGAGAUCACCAUGUCUCUCCUCGCUGCGGCCAAGACCAAGAUGCCUGUGAGCUCAUCACCUAUCAAUAAUCAAUCAUUAGUUUUCUUGUCAAUUACCUUUUGAGUCCGACCUAUUCAUCAAUAGCCUAUCAAUAUUAGUUAUCUAAUCAAUCAGUUUCUUCUUCUUUCAGAAUAUGGGCUAUGCCCCUGACUUCGUCCAAGUAGCCAUAGCUCCCUUUAUCCACGAUAUCCAUAAGAAAGGUAAGACCAGACUUCAUGUUGACCUUAAAUAUCAACAUAUUACUAGACAUCAUGUUGACCUUACACAUCAACAUAUUACUCUAUCUGGCAUCAUGUUGACCUUAGACAUCAACAUAUUAAUAGACAUCAUGUUGACCUUAAACAUCAACAUAUUACUAGACAUCAUGUUGACCUUGAACAUCAACAUAUUACUAGACAUCAUGUUGACCUUGAACAUCAACAUAUUACUCUAUCUGGCAUCAUGUUGACCUUAAACAUCAACAUAUUACUAGACAUCAUGUUGACCUUAAACAUCAACAUAUUACUAUAUCUGGCAUCAUGUUGAACUUACACAUCAACAUAUUACUAGACAUCAUGUUGACCUUACACAUCAAUAUAUUACUAGACAUCAUGUUGACCUUACACAUCAAUAUAUUACUAGACAUCAUGUUGACCUUAAACAUCAACAUAUUACUAGACAUCAUGUUGACCUUGAACAUCAACAUAUUACUCUAUCUGGCAUCAUGUUGACCUUAAACAUCAACAUAUUACUAGACAUCAUGUUGACCUUAAACAUCAACAUAUUACUAUAUAUGGCAUCAUGUUGAACUUACACAUCAACAUAUUACUAGACAUCAUGUUGACCUUACACAUCAACAUAUUACUAUAUCUGGCAUCAUGUUGACCUUACACAUCAACAUAUUACUAUAUUUGGCAUCAUGUUGACCUUACACAUCAACAUAUUACUAUAUCUGGCAUCAUGUUGACCCUAAACAUCAACGUAUUACUAGACAUCAUGGUGACCUUACACAUCAACAUAUUACUAGAUCUGGCUUCAUGUUGACCCUAAACAUCAACGUAUUACUAGACAUCAUGGUGACCUUACACAUCAACAUAUUACUAUAUCUGGCAUCAUGUUGACCUUACACAUCAACAUAUUACUAUAUCUGGCAUCAUGUUGACCUUACACAUCAACAUAUUACUAGACAUCAUGUUGACCUUAAACAUCAACAUAUUACUAUAUCUGGCAUCAUGUUGACCUUACACAUCAACAUAUUACUAUAUCUGGUAUCAUGUUGACCUUACACAUCAACAUAUUACUAUAUCUGGCAUCAUGUUGACCUUACACAUCAACAUAUUACUAGACAUCAUGUUGACCUUACACAUCAACAUAUUACUAUAUCUGGCAUCAUGUUGACCUUACACAUCAACAUAUUACUCUAUCUGGUAUCAUGUUGACCUUACACAUCAACAUAUUACUAUAUCUGGCAUCAUGUUGACCUUACACAUCAACAUAUUACUAUACAUGAUGUUGACCUUAAACAUCAACAUAUUACUCUAUCUGGCAUCAUGUUGACCUUACACAUCAACAUAUUACUAGACAUCAUGUUGACCUUAAACAUCAACAUAUUACUCUAUCUGGCAUCAUGUUGACCUUACACAUCAACAUAUUACUAUAUCUGGCAUCAUGUUGACCGUACACAUCAACAUAUUACCAGAUCUGGCAUCAUGUUGACCUUACACAUCAACAUAGUACUAGACAUCAUGUUGACCACUAUAUCUGGCAUCGUGUGUGUGUGUGUGUGUGUUUGUAGGUAUCCGGGUGGUCAGUAAUGCCGGGGGUGUGAACCCGCUGGCGUGCGCUGCUGCCAUACAGGAAGUAGUCAAGAAGGCCGGACUCCACCUCAAGGUCGCCGUGGUGACAGGCGAUGACCUCAUGGCUCAAGUACGUACGCUCUUCGUUAUCAUCAUUUCAUUCUGUAUAGCCAACUCCUCUCCUCUCCUCUCCUCUCCUCUCCUCUCCGCUCCUCCUCUCCUCUCCUCCUCCCUCUCCUCUCCUCUCCUCCCUCCUCUCCUCUCCUCUCCUCCUCCCUCCUUUCCUUUCCUCUCCUCCUCCCUCCUUUCCUCUCCUCCCCUCCUCCCUCCUCUCAUCUCCUCUCCUCUUCUCCUCUUCCCACCUUUCCUGUCCUCCAGAAAGAUAGUCUGUCUGAGGUGAGAAUGGCUGAUGGGGUGAGCAGGUCAAAGCUGCCUAAAACCGUCCACAGUAUGAAUGCCUACCUG